CAGCAGCCGCGGCUGCUGCAAACCGACUCCUGGAGCCGGUGCGGUGCCGCACAGGUGCUCCGAGGAAUAAGAGGCAUAAUUAGAUAGCCGGGAAGGCAAAAACACACCUCUGGGGUUUCACCUGUGGACAUCAGAGUGCAGAGCCAGUCAGUGAAAGCAAAGAGGUAGCAGAGACUCAACAGUGAUCAGUCACAUCUAGAGAAACCAAAGUUGAAAGUUUUUGUUUUUGUUUUGUUUUGUUUUCCCUCCUGUUUUCUCUUUCACUCCCCUCCCCUGGCGUGACACUACCAUGGUCAGAAAGCCAGUUGUGGCCACCAUCUCCAAAGGAGGUUACCUGCAGGGCAAUGUGAGCGGGAGGCUGCCCCCCAUGGGGGGCCAAGAGCCACCGGGGCAGGAGAAGGUGGUUCUGAAAAAGAAGAUCACUUUGCUGAGGGGGGUCUCCAUCAUCAUCGGCACCGUCAUCGGAUCGGGCAUCUUCAUCUCCCCCAAGGGCAUACUCCAGAGCACGGGCAGCGUGGGCAUGUCCCUGGUUUUCUGGUCUGCCUGUGGAGUACUGUCACUUUUUGGAGCCUUGUCCUAUGCUGAAUUGGGUACGAGCAUAAAGAAAUCUGGUGGUCAUUACACAUACAUUCUGGAGGUCUUUGGUCCUUUACUAGCUUUUGUCCGAGUCUGGGUGGAACUGCUCAUAAUACGGCCUGGAGCUACUGCUGUGAUAUCCCUGGCAUUUGGACGCUACAUUCUGGAACCGUUUUUUGUUCAAUGUGAAAUUCCUGAACUUGCAGUCAAGCUGGUAACAGCUGUGGGCAUCACUGUGGUGAUGGUCCUAAAUAGCAUGAGUGUCAGCUGGAGUGCCCGGAUCCAGAUUUUCCUAACCUUUUGCAAGCUCACAGCAAUUCUGAUAAUUAUAGUCCCUGGAGUUAUACAGCUAAUUAAAGGGCAAACACAGCACUUUGAAGAUGCAUUUUCAGGAAGAGAUGCAAAUCUGAUGGGGUUGCCCUUGGCUUUUUAUUAUGGGAUGUAUGCAUAUGCUGGUUGGUUUUACCUCAACUUUAUUACUGAAGAAGUAGAAAAUCCUGAAAAAACCAUCCCCCUUGCGAUCUGCAUUUCCAUGGCUGUUAUCACAGUUGGCUAUGUGCUGACAAACGUGGCCUAUUUUACGGCCAUCAGCGCUGAGGAGCUGUUACAAUCCAAUGCUGUGGCGGUGACCUUCUCUGAGCGGCUGCUGGGAAAUUUCUCAUUAGCAGUCCCGAUCUUUGUUGCCCUCUCCUGCUUCGGCUCCAUGAACGGUGGCGUGUUCGCUGUCUCCAGGCUAUUCUAUGUCGCAUCUCGAGAAGGGCACCUUCCGGAAAUCCUCUCCAUGAUUCAUGUCCACAAGCACACUCCUCUGCCAGCUGUUCUUGUUUUGCAUCCUUUGACGAUGAUAAUGCUCUUCUCCGGAGACCUCUACAGUCUUCUGAAUUUCCUCAGUUUUGCCAGGUGGCUUUUUAUGGGGCUGGUAGUUGCUGGGCUGAUUUAUCUUCGAUACAAACGCCCAGAUAUGCAUCGUCCUUUCAAGGUGCCUCUGUUCAUCCCAGCGUUGUUUUCCUUCACCUGCCUCUUCAUGGUUGUUCUCUCCCUUUACUCGGACCCAUUUAGCACGGGGGUUGGCUUCCUUAUCACGUUGACUGGAGUCCCUGCGUAUUAUCUCUUCAUUGUGUGGGACAAGAAACCCAAGUGGUUCAGACAAUUAUCAGACAGAAUAACCAGAACAUUACAGAUAAUACUACAAGUUGUACCAGAAGACUCUAAAGAAUUAUGAACUUAAUACAUCAAAAUCUUGGCUAUCUGCCCAGGACUGAGAUACAGAAUGGAUCUUUAUUUCAAGAAAACACAACUUUGGUGGUGUACUAAAGGAACCGGUUAUUUCUAUUCAUAUCCUCUAAUGUAUUCAAACUAAUUUCUGAGCAAUUUACUGGUAACUCAAUGUAUUUGUAGAAAGCUAAUAUGCAAGUCACAUAGUGAGGCAAGGGCAGUGUUGGAGUCUGGUGCUUAUCCAUUGAGGUAAGGGGACAAGACAAGGGGCAUUGCCAACAGGGCUAUUAUUCUCUGUAACAUUUUUUUUCGUGACCGAGAACCUUCAAAUGGAAGACCAAAGUGUUUUCUGUAUAUAGGGGGUCUGUAUACAUAGCUUUACCUACUGGGACACCUAUACUGUGAAAAGUAUUUUCUAUUUUUCUGAAAAAAAUGUUAUUAUUGUGGCAAAGGGGCCAGAAAUAACUUUAUUUUACAUAGACCUUGGAUGGUUUUGCUUUGGUGACCAACAUGGCUGUCAUUUAUAUUUCAAUGGCUUAUACUCAGAGCAUCAGAACAAAAGAUGGGGGAGUACUGUGUGUGUGUGUGUGUGUGUGUGUGUGUGUGUGUGUGUGUGUGUGUGUGUGCAGUUUGAGAUUGAUCUCAGGGCUUUGAUAAAGCCAGGCAAGCACUCUACCUUUAAGCUACAUCCACAUACCCUAAUUUUCUUGAAUGCAUUAAAGAAGCAUUUCUUGAGGCUAUGAUCUAUGAGGCAAUCCUAGGAACUGUGUUUGAAUAAAAAUCAUGGAGAAUUUGUUAGGUUAAAUAUGAUUACACUUAUUGUCAGGAGGUUUGAUGUUUGGAGUGUCACUUUGUUUUCAUCCUGGUUCCUUAGUUCCGGAAAAUGUGCACUUUUUGGUAUGACAUCCACUGAUGAACCACCUCUUUGGUAAUUUACUCCUUGAUGAAUAAAACUAAAUUUUAAUCACUAUAGUACAGCAUUAACAUGGGAGAAAUUGUCCAUGAAACUCUAAAUAUCAAGCUUUGCCCCUAUAACCACAUUUAUAUGCAGUGUUAGUCAUUCUAAUCACUUUUCCCUUUACUUUGUGGCUAUUUUUACAUGGUGAUGACUUCUGACAGUGUGUGCAUUCCCUUUACAGUUCUGUUAAAAUAUGUCUCUGGAUAAAAUGAUCUGGAUCAAUUAGAAAAAAGCACAGAUUUACAUAAAAACUAUGGAAGAAAUGUCACUGCUUAGUAAGACUUCCAACUGAUCUUUUAAAAAGUGUCUUCUUCUAAAUCUAAGCUUUUUCAAUCAUUUCUUCACUUUUGUUAUAAUUCAACUUGUAAAAGAGAUCACUGAGGACAAAUCUAUUGGAAGGAGACUUCAGUAUGUAUGUUCAGCUAGGUGGUGCUAGGUCAGAAGUAGAAAACACUGGGCAAUUUUCAAAUAAGGUUAAUGUAAUGAUGGGACUUCUAAAACUCUUUCUAACAUUCAAAAUUAAAUGCUUAGCAUGGCCACACUAAGUUUCAUCUCUUACAUUCUGACCACUUAAAAAUGAAAUGUUUAAAAAAUUAUCCUAAUUAAUAAAAUCAUUGAGUUCAUAGUUAAUUGCCCAAAGUACAAAUGACAAUUUUAAUCUAAAGCAAUUCACCAAUUCAGCUUUUUUAAGUCUCAGUAACAUUUAACAUAUACUCAAAGUUGACUUUGUUUUUCUGUAAAGGCCAAACGAAGUAUUUAUUUCCCUAAGUGAACCAGUAACAAUUCCUCCUGUUUUUACUAAUAUGGGCUAUUCCAAACCUUAUGUCUAGUCUCUAGAACCAAAACAGUGCUACUUUGCUGACAUCUAUCUCUAGCAGAUGCCACUGGAGGUGCAUAUUUAUAUAUUGUUAUUUUUACACUAGACCCAUAAGAUUUAACGUGAUGGUGUUUUCUUCUUCCCUAUGAAAGAGAGUAAAGCCAUGGAGAGUCCUGUGGGAUCUGGUUCCUGACCCUUUUGUUUCCCCUGCUGUUUGGUCUCAUAGUUAUCUUUGAUAACUACUUAUCUUUCCCUGUACCAGCUAGUCAGGGUGUGCCUUGUCAUUGCCCUCCCUUUUCAAAGAAUUUUUUUGUAGUGUUAAAUUUAUAAUGCCAUUGUAAUACCAUUUAUCGAAGCAUAAAAAAAUGAGUAUUUCUUUAAAAUACUGUCUAUGGAGUUGCAUUUUGGCUUAUUUUGAAGUUAUACCCCAAGGGAACACAGCAUUUCUUUAAUUGUGGAAUUCAUGUUCAUAAUUGUUUUAUUGAGAGCUUAUAAACAGAUUUUUUUUUACUUAGAAAUACUCCUGCCCACUUGUAAUGUGUUUUUAUACGAAGUAAUUUUUUCUCAUAUUUUAGAUUAAUAAGCAUAUAUACACAUGUGAUUACAUGCGUUAAUGUUUGUGCUGGUGUACAUAUUUGAAUGUUCAUAUAAAGUUAUGAUUUGAUUACUAUAACACAAAGCUAGAUACAGCCUAAACAAUUUAAGAUAUGCAAUACUCUAUUUUCAAAUAUUCUUUGUUUAGUAUACAAAGCCUUGA